AGAGACCUCCAGUACAGAUGGAAAAUCAGAAACAUACCUAUAGGCUGCAUUAUUUUGAUGUUCGAGGGCGUGGAGAGCCAAUUCGUCUAAUACUCGAAUACUAUGGCGUAAAAUACGAUGAUCAUCGUAUCAAAGAGGAGGACUGGCCUAAUCUUAAAGAAGAUGCUCCACUGCGAAAGUUGCCUUGGUUAGAGGUGGACGACGGAAAGCUCAAAAUUUCUCAGACAUCUGCCAUCUGUCGAUACCUCGCUAAAUCGUUGAACGCAAAUGACUAUUUCGGCGGAGCAACAAAGUCAGAUUCGGCCAAAUGUGAUAUGUACGCGGAUGCAUUCAUGGACUUCUUCACCCUUGCAGUAGAACGAGUUUUUGAGCAUGAUCCCGACCUGAAGGCCAAGAAAGAUGAAGAUUUUGAAAAGCGAUAUCCGGAUCAUUUGAAAGUGCUUGAAGAACAUCUUAAAGAAAAUGGCGGACAAUGUUUCGUAGGCAAAAAGAUCUUAUGGUGCGAUCUCGUGGCUGUGACCGUACUGUCUAUGGCAGAGGAAGCUAAAACGGAACUUCUGCAGAAUUUCCCUGACCUCCAAAGCUAUUACAAAUCCAUGCGAAAUCUGCCCGAAAUCAAAGAUUACAUAGAAAAUAACUGGCCUCCUUCGGCGACAGACUGA